AUGUGUGACCAGCAACAGAUUCCGUGUUGCCUGCCGCUCCCCCAGUGCUGUGUGAAGGGUUCCUCCUUCUUCCCCUCCCCGUACCCUUCUCCCCAGGGCCAGGUGGUAGUUCAAGCCCCUUGUGGGAUGCAAAUCAUGGAGUGCCCUGCACCAUGCCCAGUUCAAGUUUCCCAGGUGAAGGGCCAAGCUCCCUGCCAGUCCCAGACCAUUCAGGUGAGCAGCCAGGCUUCAGGCCAGGCUCAGACCGCCAGCGUGAAGGGUCAGGCUCCAGGCCAGUCCCAGACCACGCAGGUGAUCAGCCAGGCUGCAUGCCAGCCUGAGGUUUGCUACGUGCCGUGUGGAGCCCCAUGCCCUGUUCAGACCUGCUUUGUAGAAUGUGCUCCAGCUUGUUAUACAGAAACUCGCUACGUGGAAUGCCCCGUCCAAACCUAUGUACCCUACCCAGCUCCCCAGCCUGUCCAGAGGUAUGUAGCGUACCCCUCAGCAUGCCAGACUCAAGGAAGAUUCUCCACCCAGUGCCAAUAUCAGGGCUCCUUCGGCAGCUGCGCCCCCCAGCGUCAGUCCCGGGCUUCAUGUCGCACUUAUGCACCCCCAUGCCAGAGCCAGGGCUCUUACGGGGGCUUCCCCAUGCAGCGUCGCGCUAGGAGCACCAGCAGAUGCCUCCCUCCACGCCAGAUGAUGCGGCCUUCCUACCGCAGCUGCUCCCCACCCCGCCAGAUGCGGCCUUCUUACCAGAGCUACUCCCCACCUUGCCAGAUGCGGCCUUCCUACCGCAGCUGCUCCCCUCCACGGCGUUCAGAGCCCUACUACAGCAGCUGCAUGCCAUCAAGAUGUGCUUCGGGGUCCUACAACUACUGCACCCCACCCCGCCGCUCUGAGCCCAUCUAUCACAGCGGCGGCGCUCAACGUCCCACUUCCAGCUGCUCUCAGCGACGUGGGCCCAGGUGCCGCAUAGAGAUUUCCUCGCCCUCCUGCCCCAGGCAGGUGCCCCCGCAGCGGUGUCCCGUUCAGAUCCCUCCCAUAGGACGCUGCUCUGAGAGUUGUGCUCCACGACCCUCCUGGGGGUCCUCCUGCCCGGAGCUGAGACCACGUCCCGAGCCGCGUCCACUCCCAAGCUUCUGCCCACCCCGGAGUUUUGACCAAUGUCCAGAGCCGUCACUGCCACGGGGCCCACGUCCUGCCCCGCGGCCAUCACGCCCAGCGCCGUGCGCGAGCCCGGAGCGCAGCUGGUGUUCUCCACCCCGGUGCUUUCCCGAGCCCUGCCUGUGUCCGGAACCAAGUCCAGCCCCGCGUCCAGCCCCACGAUCUGUCCCAACGCGGUGUGAGUUUCCAGAGCCUUGUCCGGAGCCAAUUCCCCUCCCGCCACGCUGCUCAAGCCCAGAGCCCUGUGUGCAGCCUCAGCGCUGCCCCAGCCCCUGCUCAGGCCCAAAUCCAAUGCCAGGCUCCGGAGACCUCGGCUGUCAUGAGUCCUACCCAGGCCGCCUAGACAAGGAGGCCCCCAGCUGCGGCCCAGCUGCUUAUACACAGUGCGGAGAGGGUGAUGCUAGCUAUGGACCUUGUGAUGUAUUCCCAGAGCCGCGGGGUCUGGGCGGUUAUGGAGACCAAGGAGGUGCCUCUGUUGGAGCGAAAGGCGGGAACUAUGCUGAAGUAAAGAGCGCCUACUUUUAA